AUGGAGCAGCAGUACGAGGCGGUGGCCGAGUUGGGCGCUGGGGUCUACGGGGCCGCGACGGCGUUGAAGGCUCGCGACCUGCGAGACGAGGGCCGCUUUGUGGCGCUGCUCAAGGGCCUGCGCCUGCAGACAGGCCGGGGCCGGGAGGGGGAGACCUGGCAGCUGCAGCAGCUGCUGCAGCUCAUGAAGUUGGAGCACCCCAACGUGGUGAGGCUGCUGGACUUCGGCGUGGAUCCUGGCGAGGGCGACGCGCGGCUCGCCGUGGCCUUUGAGCUCGUGGACCGGGACCUGUCCACCUACCUGGGGACGUCGCCCCACACACCGUCCCACCACAUCAAGGCGGUGACGCGCCAGCUGCUGUGUGGGCUGCGCUACCUGCACGGCCACGGCCUGGAGCACGGCGAGCUCACGCCACGCAGCGUCCUGGUGACGGCCUCGGGGCGCGUCAAGAUCGCCGGCUGGGGGUUCAGACGCUUCCUCUUGGACAGCGCGAGCACGGCUCCCACCCCGGCGGUGUCCCCGUCGUGGUACCGCGCCCCGGAUCUGCUGCUGCUGCGGGUGACCUGUGGCCCGGCCGCCGACCUGUGGAGCGUCGGCUGCAUCUUAGCUGAGAUGUUUACACGCAGGCCUCUCUUCCCCGGAGGCUCCGAUGUCGAUCAGCUGGCGAAGAUAUUCGG